AUGGCGAUCAGGGAGGAGGAGCCCAGAGAGAGGCAGGCAGCCGCCUUGAGUUGUGAGAUCAAAGAAGGUCCAAAGAAGCCAGCCCAGGAACUGACAGAAAACAUCGGGCUUCCUGUGAAUCUGCUUGAGAAACAUGACCUGUGGCCCGCCUAUGUCACGUACACAUCCCCGCUGGUGAAAAGACUGAUUGAGAAAAGCAAAGCCAGAGACGUGGAACGCUUGCAAACGGCCGAGGAGAGCCGGCCGACAUGCAGGCAGAGAAAGCCUCCCAGCGUCAUCCAGCUGGAAAGGAGAAAGUCCUUCACGUCCUUAGGCAACAUGAUGUUCAAGGACGUGGGGUCAGAGACCAUGCUCUCGGCGUGGGGCUCUUUCUCCAUGUCGGACACGGGUCCCCCCGUGGUUCCAGAGCGCACCCACUUGCACGCGGAUGCUAGGGCAAGUCCCACCGCCGACUACAACAAGAUCAUCUUCUCCCGGAAGCCGAGGAUGAGGGUGCUUCCGUACCGCUCACUGCUGGCCGGCGAGGAGAAACACCCCGACGUUUAA